CCGCCGCCGCGUGCGUCCCUCCGGCAGCCGCGAGCCGGGCAGGCGGCGCGCUAGCUCCGCGUCGCUCUGGGCAGGCGGCCGCGGCGCCGCGCGGGUGGGUGGGAUCGUGGCGGAACUCCGGGUGCCUGAUUAGGGGCCGGAGAGCUUGGUGGCGGCCGCUUUUGCGGUGGUGUUAGGUCCCCGCGUCGCGGCGCGGUGAGGGGCCGCCUCUUCACCACCCGGAGGCCACAGCUGUCUGCUUGCCUUCUACGCGGGCCGCCGCUCAGGCAUGGCCGGGAUAAUUAAGAAGCAGAUCCUGAAGCACCUGUCCCGGUUCACUAAGAAUCUUUCCCCAGACAAAAUCAAUUUGAGCACCCUGAAAGGGGAGGGUCAGCUGACCAACCUGGAGCUGGAUGAAGAAGUUCUACAAAAUGUGCUGGAGCUGCCAACCUGGUUAGCCAUCACUCGGGUCUACUGCAACCGGGCCUCCAUCCGGAUCCAGUGGACAAAGCUGAAGACACACCCAAUUUGCUUGUGUCUGGAUAAAGUAGAGGUGGAAAUGAAGACAUGUGAGGAGCCUCGGCCCCCUAAUGGACAGUCUCCCAUUGCCCUUGCUUCAGGACAGAGUGAGUAUGGCUUUGCUGAGAAGGUGGUGGAGGGGAUGUUCAUCAUUGUCAAUUCCAUCACCAUCAAGAUUCACUCCAAGGCCUUCCAUGCUUCUUUUGAAUUGUGGCAGCUCCAAGGCUAUAGUGUCAACCCCAACUGGCAGCAGAGCGACCUCCGCCUUACUCGCAUCACUGACCCCCACCGAGGAGAGGUUUUAACAUUUAAGGAACUCACUUGGCAAACACUUCGAAUUGAGGCAGAUGCUACAGACAAUGGUGAGCAGGACUCAGUCACCACUCCAUUGAGGCUUAUUACCAACCAAGGCAGGAUCCAAAUAGCUCUCAAGAGAAGAACCAAAGAUUGCAACGUGAUAGCCUCCAAGCUGAUGUUCCUGUUGGAUGACCUGCUUUGGGUGCUAACUGACUCGCAGCUCAAGGCUAUGAUGAAGUAUGCAGAAUCACUAAGCGAGGCCAUGGAGAAGUCAGCCCAGCAGAGGAAGAGCCUGGCCCCUGAACCUGUUCAGAUCACCCCAGCCGCUCCCAGUGCCCAGUCCUGGGCCCAGGCAUUUGGUGGCAGCCAGGGCAGCAGCAGCCGCCUCAGCCAGUGCUUUGAGAGAUUUGAUGUGAAAGAAUCCUCCUACCAUCUGCUUAUCUCCCGCCUGGACCUGCACAUUUGUGACGAUAGCCAGUCCCGAGAGCCAGGUGUCUCUGCAAACAGACUCAUGGGUGGGGCAAUGCAGCUUACCUUCCGCAAGAUGGCAUUUGACUAUUACCCCUUCCACUGGGCAGGAGAUAGUUGCAAACAUUGGGUACGGCAUUGUGAGGCCAUGGAAACCCGAGGCCAGUGGGCCCAGAGGCUCGUGAUGGAAUUUCAGAGUAAAAUGGAGAAGUGGCAUGAGGAGACAGGUCUGAAACCACCCUGGCACCUGGGGGUAGACUCUCCCUUCCAGAGGAAAACAGAUUCUUUCUCCAGUCCUCGAAAGAACCCCCUUGAUAGAAGCUGUUCUCAGGGCCGACAGGCUGCCUUUUGGCCUUUAGCAUGGGAUCGCUUACGCUCCAGCUGCCUGGUAAUACGGGUGGAUGAUCUGGACAUCCACCAGGUUUCUACAGCUGGACAGCCAAGUAAGAAGCCGUCUACACUCCUUUCCUGCAGUCGGAAACUUCACAACCUAUCCAGUCAGGCCUCUGCCAUUCAUAUUGAGUUCACAGAGUAUUACUUCCCAGAUAAUCACGAGCUUCCAGUUCCCUGUCCCAAUCUCUACAUUCAGUUAAAUGGUCUGUCGUUUACAAUGGAUCCUGUCAGUUUGCUCUGGGGAAACCUCUUUUGCCUGGAUUUAUACCAUAGCUUAGAGCAAUUCAAAGCUAUUUACAAGCUGGAAGAUUCAAGCCAGAAAGAUGAACACUUGGACAUCCGACUGGAUGCCUUCUGGUUGAAGGUGAGCUUCCCGCUGGAGAAGAGAGAGCAGGCUGGGUUUCACCGUCCCCAGGCCCUUGUCUUCUCUGCAUCAGGCAUGACUGCCACCAAUACACGCCAUGCUCUACAUUGCAGCUGUCCAGACCUCCAGAGUCUCUUCCGGGGUUUUGCUGCUACUGAGUUCUUUCAUUCCAAUUAUGUUCACUUUCCCAAGGUUCCAGGUGGCUUUAGCCUUCUGCACAUGCUUUUUUUGCAUCAUGCGUUCCAAAUGGAUUCCAGCCUGCCUCAACCUAGUAUCCUUCCUCCCCAGAGACUUAAGGCUUCCCAGGAUCUCUGGUCCAUCCACUUCACCCAGAUCUCCUUGGACUUUGAGGGAACAGAGAACUUCAAAGGCCAUACCUUGAAUUUUGUGGCCCCCUUCCCCUUGUCCAUUUGGGCCUGCCUACCCCUCCGCUGGCAGCAAGCUCAGGCACGGAAGCUCCUUUUGGCUACAGAAGGGAAGCUGAAACCAUCAGCCAGCUUUGGCAGUCCUGUCCACGCUGAGGCUCUCACCUCUGAUACUCUGCACCAUCAGAGGUCAAAGACUGAGUAUGAUUUGAAAAGUCUGUCAGGCUUUACGGAAGUUAUGGAAUUUCUGAGAGAAGGCAGCAGUUGUGUGGACAGCAAAGGGCCUCCAACAGAGCUGGAGGAUGUAGCAGAUGUUCACAUACUUGUACACUCCCCUGCACAUGUCCGUGUGAGGCUUGACCACUACCAGUACUUGGCUCUACUCCGCCUGAAGGAGAUGCUACAGGGCCUACAGGAGCAGCUGAUAAAGGACACAGAGGCCAUGACUGGGUCUCCCCUGCAGGACCAGACAGCUUGCAUUGGGGUCCUCUUCCCCAGUGCUGAAGUGGCUCUUUUCAUGCAUCCAGCCCCUGGGACUGUUGAAGCUGACUCUGAAGGUUCAGACACCACCAGCCUCAUAGAUUCAGAGCUUUCACCUUCAGAUAGGGAGAUGAAGUCUGAUGCCUCCUCAGACCAGGGCCCAGCAAGCCCUGAGAGGGUUCUGGCAGAUAGUGGCAUUGAAAACCCAGAUGCAUCCCAGGAUAGGCCACUGCCUCUCCAUAGCAAUGGAGAACUGCAGGACUCAAAUUCUUUUGCACAGUGGGAGUCAGGGAAGGGCCAUGAGGCAGUGGAUUCCUUACAAGCCAAGAGGCUGAGCAGAGCCCAAGCAUCUAGCUCACCAGCUGCAUUGAAGCCCUCAGGUGGCAGGGAUACUGUUGUGAAUGGACAGGGAGAGCUUAUCCCCUUGAAAAACAUUGAGGGAGAAUUGUCAAGUGCUAUUCACAUGACCAAGGAUGCCACCAAGGAGGCUCUGCAUGCCACUAUGGACCUCACCAAGGAAGCUAUGUCCCUGACGAAGGAUGCCUUCAGUCUGGGCAGAGACCGAAUGACCUCCACCAUGCACAAGAUGUUGUCCCUGCCCCCAGCCAAGGAGCCCAUGGCUAAGAUAGAUGAGGGGUUGGCAGCCCCAGUGAGUGGAGGUGCUCCCCGACUCCGAUUUUUCUCAGUGAAGAGGACAGUAUCUCAGCAGUCAUUUGAUGGUGUCUCAUCAGAUAAUGGUGGCCCUGAAGACCGGAUUUCAGUGGAUAGUGAUGGCAGUGAUAGCUUCGUGAUGCUUUUGGAGUCUGCAGAGUCUGGUCCAGAAUCCCUUCCACCAGGAUCUCUUCCAAACGUUGUGGACAGUGCUGGUGUUCAAGGGAGCCCUGUUGUGGAUAGUUAUGGCCAGGGUUCACCAGAGGCCAACAGUUCAGUCUCACCCAGUGAAGGAGAUCUCAGUCUUCACUUGGUCUCUGUUCUGGUCCUGAAGGUGAAUGAGGUGUCUUUUGGGAUUGAGGUACGUGGUGAGGACCUGACUGUGGCCCUGCAAGCUGAGGAACUGACCCUUCAGCAGCUGGGCACCGUGGGACUCUGGAAGUUUCUGCAUGGACAGUGCCCAGGUACAAGCUUUCAGGAAUCCUCAGUUUUAAAAAUUGGCCAUAUCAGCCCGGCUGUGGGCCUUCGCUUUGAGGUGGGGCCUAGUGCAGCUGUUCAUUCCCCGCUGGCCAUACAGAAUGGCUUCCUGCAUUUCUUGCUUCGUGGGUGUGAUAUUGAGCUGCUUACUUCAGUGCUCAAAGGCCUGGGGCCCUUCUUGGAAGAUGAGGAGAUCCCAGUGGUAGUUCCCAUGAAGAUUGAGCUUCUGAACUCCAGGAUCACCCUAAAGGAUGAUACCCCUCCCAUCUAUCCGACAUCUCCAGGACCUAUCCCCAUCAUUCUGGCCAUGGAGCAUAUUGUGGUAACAAGGAGUGAUGAUGGUGUGUUCCAUAUAGAUGCUGCUGCCCAGGACAGACCAUCAGCUGAAGUACCUAAAAGUGAGAAGCAGCAGCCCCCAAAAGAACAGGUGUUUCUGGUGCCCACAGGGGAGGCUUUUGGACAGCAGGUGAAAGAACUGCCUGCCCUACAAAAGGAACUUAAAGAAACUAAACAAGCAUUGGUCAGUGCCAACCAGGAUAAAGACAGACUUCUUCAGGAAAUCAGGAAAUAUAACCCCCUCUUUGAGCUCUGAUAGUAAUGGCUUAGCCAUCUGUGCCAAGGAUCAAGGAGAUCACCAGCAAUAGCACCACCUAUGAUAGAAGGCACCGUCCAGUGCUGAAGAAGUCUGCUAAGGAUGCCGGAAGGACUGGGCAGUGCUCAACUCACUCCUUGUGGUGUCCUUUCUUACUAGCCAUUCUAACUUGGAUGGAAGACAGGGAAAAGCAUAACCACGUUCCAGGAAACUGGGGGCAGCUUUGUAUGUGGCUUGAGCAUCGUGUCUUGCCUGGAUAAAGCCUUUUGGCCCUCUGCCUACUAGGUGGAAUCUUCUAAACACUGCAGGGCCAUUUCACUACCUGGUUUCAUGACAAAGACAUUUGCUUCCUCUAUAGCCUAUGUGAACAAGGGAAAGUAUUUGCCUUCUUGUCACCCACAGAGCCACCAAAGAUUCUCCGUCCCAGAGCUUCCUGUAACAGUCCUGAAAAUCCUUGGCCUAAACUUUGGCCAUGGUUGUGGAGUGGAACAGUAACUAGCCAACAAGGCGAGAGCCAAGAGAGGCAUGAGAAUAAAGGAGACCUGGAUGCUGUCUAUUUUGGAAAAGGAACCAAGCUCAUUUCAUCUUGGCUGAUAUCACAAUCAGAUUUUUCAGGGUUAAGCUUCCUUUUCUGUUAUACUUUCAUCAUUGUGAUGCUGUCACAGGAAGUAAAUAACAGUAGUGGCUCAGUUGUAUCAUCUUUCCCUUCUAUGACACAAUUUAUUUUUAAAUUUAGAUCAAGAAAAAGAAAUUAACUCUGGGCUCGGUUGAAGGCAUGAUGUGGUAGGGAUCAGUAGGGGAGCUUGAUUCUGUGCCUAUUGCCUGCCUAUAGCCUUGUCUCUUGUCUACAGCUGCACGAGAGGUUUCUUCUUCUCUCUCUCUCUGGGGUCCCUGGCACAUCUGCUUUCCCAGCAAUAUGACUUUCCACCAGCAUUCUCCUUAGUACAUGGUGGUUUGGGAGCUGAAUAUGUGUUUUAAACUCUAAUGUAAACAUCUCAGCCAGUGGCCUCUCACCCCCCUCUAUCACUGUGGCUUUUUUAAAUCAUGUAAUUUUGAUUUGAGUAAAAAAACCAAAACCCCCUUCAAUUUAGCUAGGGUUAUUUUUGCCCCUGCCUUUUUUCUUUCCUACCUAAUUUUCCCCCAACACUCCACCUUCAUCCAUACUGUUGUGUGAUAUACUUCAAGCUAUGUUGGUUGAACUGAAGUUUAUCAGCUAACUCACCUUGAAUUGACAAAAUGGUAAAAUAGUGAUUUAGUGGUGUCACUAAAGUCUUGAUCACAUAUGACCUAUUGAAGGAAAGAUAAAGUGGUUUCCUUUAUGGGAAAUCAUGCUUAUAUAUUUUAGUUUUUUGAGGUUUAAAAAAAACACGCUCAAGGAGGAACAAGAUCUAAUUUGUUCAGAUUUUUAAAGAACUUUUUGUCAAGGUUCUUCACUAAGGCAAUCUAAAAAACACUAGUUACUCUGAGAUUAUGGGAAUAUUUUGCUAUGCUUGGAAAACAAUUUAGGGACCUUAGAAUAAACAUCUUUCUGGAGAAAAUGUUAAAAGGGGAAGUUUCCUACUGGUUGAUACUGAAUUUAAUCUUAAGAUUUUUGUAAAUAACCUGAAAGUAGGACAUUACAAUGUAAUCAAAUGUCCCUACUUCCAGGCAGUGAAAGGUAAAUCAAAAGAGACUUUCAAAAAAAAAAAGACAAAACUGCAGAAGGGUCACAGACUGGGCUGUGAAUACUCAGGAAAAUGACAGGUGAGGUUUGGUUUUGGUAAGUGUAAAGCAGUCCAUUUAUGGGAGAAUAAGCAACUGAUGAGGCAGUGGGCUAGUUAGAACUCAGGAAAGAAACCUACACAUUGCUGAGAGGGAGGAAGGGUCAAUGUGCUCCUGUGGCCAGAAGCCCAACUAUAUCAUCAGGAAGGGCACAUGGAGAAAACACAGAAAACAGGACCUCCUACAAAACCAUGGUAAUGUCUUAAAUUAUCUAUGCACUUCCAGUGACCUUAUUUACAAAAUACAUGGUGAAGGGGGGAAAAGAUCUAGAUAACAGCAAAAAUUAUCAGAAUGGAGAUACUUCCACAUAAGGGCAUAUCUUUAAAAUGUGGGCUCCAAUUUUGGGAAGUUUGAGAGCUGAGGAUAGUGUUAGAUUACAUAUCCAGUCAAGAGGAAGGACAUAUUCACCUGGUCCUGAAGUACGAGAUCUAGGGCUCUGUCUCAUAUCCUUUGAUAACAAAGAAAGCACUUCUCAUAGCAAAUCAGAAACUUAAGGAACACAUUAUGCAGGAAGUGGUGCUGGCAGAAACUAUGUAUGGGUGCAGGUUUAAAAGGAAUCCCUGUAUGAUGGCCUCCCAAAAGGAAUUACAGAAAAGUAGGGCUAUUUGUGAAAUACAACUGAGAGGGUAAAGGCGUCCCUUCACAAAGUUCCCCUUAGUGCUUCUUUCAAAGGCAGAAUGUUGAACAAACUGGACCACUGGUCCUCUCAAGUAUGGCAUUUCUAAUGUACUUGGAGCAGGGAGAAGGGAAAUCUAAUAUCUGUAAAGUAGAAUUAUUCAACCUUGGGCUCACCUGAAUUGGGUUAAAAUCACAUUCUGGUUCUCUUCCCUUCCUCUCCUCCCUGCCUGCCCUAUCACUGGCUCCCUUCCUGCAAAGAUAUGUAAUAGGGAUUGCUUGGUGUGCCUCGGCCUUCGGCUUUUGCUUGGUGGGAGGCAAGAGAAACAAAUCCAGCCAGCAGCAAAGCUAGCCCCUUUACUGGCCAAAGGUGUCAACGCUCUCUGGAGCUCUUGUCCCUGUGAUAAAUGGAGCCAUAGAAUUUGACUUCCCUUAUGUGGUAGCUUUGGCCAUUGUGUCUUGAAAUCCUCCCUCAGGAAACAUGGUAGGGGUCAUUGUCCAUUGAAACUUUAGUAAAAAUCAUCUUGUGUAAUUUUUUACUACUAUUCAUUGCGGGAAGGAAGUCUUUUUCAUAACGAAAUGCAAAUUGAUUGGUAGUCCUUCUUAAGAUAAUGUGUAAAAGAGAAAAAUGAAAGGAAAAAAUAGUAAUGUCUGCCUUGGAGCUCUAAGACUGUGAACAAGAAAUAUCAAUACCUCAAGAAAAUGGAGCGAUAGCACCACUAUCCCUGAAAGACUUGAGACACUGCACAUCACCAUUUCAGCUGUGAGCAUUUACAACUAUCUAUCAUCUGGGACUGUCUAGAAUUCCUGUUUACAUUGAUAUAUGGGAGAUACACUUUAGUGCAUAUGGACUAGUUUAAAUCUUUCUUGGCUGAGCUGUAAGAAUAGUUAUCAAUCUCAAAUUGUUUUCAAUUUACUGAAAUAAUUAACCUAGUUUCUUUGACUUAAGACAGAAGGAGUGGGUUCUAUUCUUGUGAUGGCUGCUUUUUCUGUUUGUUUAAUCUGACUCUCAUUUUGCUAUGGGCCUCAACUUUUAUGUACCCUUUUCAUGGUUCUAAAAGGAAUGGUUCCUGUGUAUGAGUAUACAAAAAGUAAACGCUACUGUUCACAUACCCCAUAACUUAAAUGCUUUCAUUUAACCCAUUUACAUUAGUUCCCCCUUAAGGCUAGUUCAGGUGGGUAGAGGAAAGAAGGUAGUUUGCAGUAUUGCCAUAGUGGUAUGGGAAAGCCUUUACACUAAGGGUUUUUUUUCCUUCUUAUUUAAUUCACUUACUACUUGCUUAAUUUCCAAAGUCAGUUACAGUAACAUCACAAAACAACUGAACAUUGCUGCAUAAGGUGGUAGAAUGACAUCUGGUUAUUUGAGAACUGCAUGAGCUGUGUUAUUGCUCAUUGCCUUACAGUUUAACCAUAGUCAUUGUAUCAAGAUAAGCUGGUGUGAUAUGCUAUCCUUUCGGGCUCUAUAGCCUUCACCUGGAUCUAUCCCUGCCUUCUGCUAGAAUAGGAAUAUUCCUGUUCACCUCUGGGUAGGUAUGGAUAGUAGCUAUUGUUGAGUGGGGAUUAUUUUCCCCAUUUCCUAACGGACACAAGGGGAAACACUCUUGGAUAAGUUUAAACUGGGGCUUUGCUAAGUGGCCAGACUUGGGCUAUUGUCUUUCUCCCUUGUUAUUUUUAAGUUUCAGCCUUAUCCAAUAUUUCAAAUUGCAAUAGAUAGAGUUCCUAUAACCAUUAAGAAAAAAUACCUGUUAGAGCUGAAUUUUUUUUUUUUUCUUCUAGUUCAUUGGUUUUUGGUCAAGUUUUAGUCUGAGUCUUACAGCAUUUCUUUGUGGAAUGCCUCACUGAAGUGACUUCUCUACUGGCUAAGUACAUUUAAAGCCAUGAGUUUUAAUAUAAGCUACUAAGUCAGAUUUGCCCAACUUUGUGAGUUUAAGCUGUUUCCCCACUCAGGGUGCUAAACAGAAUUGGAAUUUUUACUAAGACAUGCUCAGGAAAGCUUUAAAAGAAAAUAGCUUCAAAACCCUUCUCCCUGUGACACUGAAUGAUACAGAGGAAAGAAUUCUUGGGGAUUGCCAAUUAUGAACAGUAGCCUUAUUACUGCUAAUCCCUGUCAAUAAAAGAUCCCUGCAUUCCCCUCUAUUGAGGAAAACAGUGAGAAUAUAUCUGAUGAACUGGAAUAUGGUCAGUAUUGGGAAAUUUUAAUGUUGCAAUAUCUAAUCAAACCUUGAGUUGUACUGGUUCUGUGAACCACCUGAAAAAAGAAAAUUAAACUUAUUAAGCAGUA